AUGCACGAAAAGUUUAAAAACUUCACCAAUCCGCUCAAAGAUGAUAUUGCAGUAUUGAAGACUGGUUACAUCCAAUCAAAAUUACUCAAAAAAGUGGAUAUGACAAUAAUCGAUAAUAAAAUAUGUGAAGAAAUUUGGAAAGAUACUGAUAAUCCGGUCGACACUGAAAAGGAAAUAUGUGCACAAGCUGAUAUGUCUGAUGGUAAAAAGAGAGGACCGUGUUAUGGUGAUUCAGGUAGUCCACUAGUUAUUGAUGGAGUUCAGUAUGGAAUUAUUUCAAGUUUCCAUAAUGGAUGUGGAAUUGCGGAAUACCCAAUUGUCUACACAAGGGUUGCCCAUUAUAUAGAUUGGCUUUCAGAUAAAAUAUAA